AUGACGCCUCAAGCCCCGCAGCAAGCGCCCCGCGCAGAGUCUCCCAGCGCCAGGCAACCCAGCGCGGCGCCCGGGGGAGAGCCCGCAGCACCGCCGCUCCAUGAGGAGGUGGCGGCUGGUGUGGAGGCGUAUGGGCUGGUUAGGAACAUGUAUGCGGAUGGGAAGAAGGAGAUCACCAAGGCAGGCCUCAUCAAGGUUCUGUACAGCUUCUAG